AAAUCCGAACGAGCCGCCUGCGCGCGACUUGCAGGAGAAAAAUGGAUUCUGUCGUUGCAGUGAGUGAAGAACGGAUUCCUCUGCUCCACCCUCCUCCUUCCUCUGCCAACCGAGAAUCGAUCUCAGAAGAAGCUGAGAUCCUCCCUUCAUCCUCACCGUCCGAUUAUCAGCCCCUCCUUCAGAACGAAGAUCGAGCCAAACCGAACUCUACCAAUCCCAAUCAACGGCUCGUUUCUCUCGAUGUCUUCCGCGGUCUGACCGUAGCGCUGAUGAUCUUAGUUGAUGAUGCUGGAGGAGCUUUUCCAUCCAUAAAUCACUCCCCAUGGUUUGGCGUCACACUUGCAGACUUUGUAAUGCCGUUUUUCCUCUUCAGCGUCGGUAUUUCUAUAGGUCUGGUAUUCAAGAAAGUGUCUAACAAGACAACUGCAACAAAGAAGGUUCUAGUGAGGACAGUUAAGCUCUUUCUCUUGGGUUUGGUGCUCCAAGGUGGAUAUUUCCAUGGGCGUAACAAUCUAACAUAUGGAGUUGACAUAGAACAUAUACGGUGGCUGGGUGUGCUGCAGAGGAUAUCCAUUGGAUACUUUUUAGCAGCAAUUUCAGAGAUCUGGCUUGUUAGCAAUACCGUGGUGGACUCAUCAGUUUCAUUUGUAAGAAGAUACUACCUUGAAUGGAUUGUUGCUAUCUUAUUGUCUUCAGCCUACAUUAGCUUGCUAUAUGGUCUUUAUGUUCCCAACUGGGAGUUUGAUGUUCCAAGAUUAUCAACAUCAGAUUAUGCAUCUGGAACUCAAAUUGUUAAUUGUGGAAUAAGGGGCAGUCUUGGCCCUCCUUGCAACGCUGUUGGCUUGAUCGAUCGUGUUUUCCUUGGAGAAAGGCAUCUUUAUCAGCGUCCUGUGUAUAGAAGGACAAAGGAAUGCAGUGUUAAUUCUCCAGAUUAUGGACCUCUUCCACCAAACUCCCCGGCAUGGUGCCUUGCUCCAUUUGACCCGGAGGGCAUCUUGAGUUCAUUGAUGGCUGCUGUAACAUGUUUUGUUGGAUUGCAUUACGGGCACAUAAUUGUGAAUUUUAAGAGCAACGGGCAGCAGUUACUCCUAUGGUCCCUGUCUUCCUUGUUAUUUCUACUAUGUGGAUUUGCAAUGGAGGCAUUAGGUAUUCCUUUCAGCAAACCUUUGUACACGCUGAGCUACAUGUGUAUCACAACUGGAGCUUCGGGCAUCCUUUUAACCAUCAUUUAUUAUAUAGUUGAUGUCAAGCAUUUUCAAAAGCCAGCUGUGCUACUUAAGUGGAUGGGAAUGAAUGCAUUCAUUGUUUAUGCCUUGGCUGCUUGUGAGCUGUUUCCAGCAGCUCUUCAAGGAUUCUAUUGGCGUUCACCUGAAAACAACCUGGUGAACACUACGGAGCUGUUAUUGCAAACCAUAUUUCGAUCGAAAAGGUGGGGCACAUUGGCAUUUGUAUUGCUAGAAAUCCUGUUUUGGUGUCUUUUUGCAGGUUUCCUCCACAAGAAAGGCAUGUAUGUAAAGCUAUAGUGGCAGCUGUUAUUGGCAUGUCCAUCCUCCUCUGUGAAUAACUCUUAUGGCGAAUCUGAAUUUAGGCCAUUUUCUAAUGUAGAAACUAAUCAUAGUAUUGUUCUAAUAUCAAAUUUAGUUCAAGGGCUACUAUGAUGAAUGGUCAUAUCCCA